AGUGAGUAUUCAGCCAGAGAAUUAAAGAGAGAGUAUUCAAAGGUGAAGAGAAAUGGCAAAUCCAAUUCCAGUGAUUGAUCUGAGUCAGUUUCCUGCUUCUGGUGAGUACGAUAAGCUUAGGUUAGCAUCAGAGGAAUGGGGUUGCUUCCGGCUCCUCAACCACAAGAUCCCAUUGCCUCUGAUGGCAGAGAUGAAGAUAGUGGUAAGAUCUCUCCUUGAUCUGCCCAUGGAGAUCAAGAAGAACAACACUGAUGUCAUAGCUGGCAGUGGCUACAUGGCACCGAGCAAGGUCAACCCGCUCUAUGAGGCUUUAGGUCUCUAUGACUUGGGCUCAUCUCAGGCUGUGCAGACCUUUUGCUCUCAGUUGCAUGCUUCUUCCUACCAGAGAGAGGUGAUCGAGAAGUAUGCAGGAGCAGUUUAUGAGCAGAUGGUGGAUAUAGGGCAUAAGUUGGCAGAGAGUCUCGGAUUGUGGAGUGAUUUUCUGAAGGGAUGGGCUUGCCAGUUUAGGAUCAACAAAUACAACUUCACUCCUGAAUCCGUUGGAUCUUCCGGUGUUCAAAUACACACAGAUGCGGGAUUUCUGACAAUUCUUCAAGAUGAUGAAAAUGUUGGAGGUCUUGAAGUAAUGGACAAAUCUGGUGCUUUUGUACCAGUUGAUCCUUAUCCAGGCACUCUCAUUGUCAAUCUUGGAGACACGGCUAAGGCAUGGAGCAAUGGGAGGCUGUGCAAUGUCAAGCAUAGAGUUCAAUGCAGGGAAGCCACCAUUCGAGUCUCCAUUGCUUCAUUUCUGUUGGGACCGAAGGAGGAAGCAGUGGAAGCCCCACCAGAAUUUGUUGAUUCGGAUCACCCCCGUCUGUAUGUCCCUGUCACUCACGAAGAGUACAGGAAGCUCAGACUUUCCAAAAACUUGCAUGCCGGUGAAGCUCUUGAACUUCUGCGCAUCAAGUCCUAAAUGGGGCUCUCUGUAGGAAAUGAACAAGAAAUCAGUGAAGCAGGAAAUUUCUUUUCUUUUCUUUUAUUCAAACAUUUAAGCCUAAUCGUUGUCAUUAAGCUUUUGAAAUAUCAAGAGGGUUUCUGUAUACAUGGCAGACUUGUGUGCUACCGUAAACAUAUUUUUACAGACAUGAACAAUUUCCUCUGGUAAAUGGGGGAAUUCU